CAGCGUUGCCUUCGCUACUCUCCGCCCUGCGGUUGUUACUCUAUAGCUGCCUGGCUCUGGGCUGGGUGAUGGAUUUUGAGAAUCUUUUCUCUAAACCCCCCAACCCGGCCCUUGGCAAAAGGCCGGCCUCGGACUCUGAGGAAAGAAUUGAUGAUGAAAUAGAUGAUACAGAAAUUGAAGAAACACAAGAAGAGAAAGUAAAGUGGAAAGGUAAACUGGAAUGUGAGCAGAUUCCCAAAAAAUCUAGGCACUUUGGAAAUUCUGUAUCAUCAAAGAAUUUGUCAUAUAGAAAAUCAAGAAGUAAGGACUAUGAUGUAUAUAGUGAUAAUGAUAACUGCAGUCAGGAAUCAGAAGAUACUUUUGCUAAAGAGCUUCAACAGUAUAUACAAGCUAAAGAAAUGGCAAAGGCUGCUCAGUCUUUAUGUCCUGAAGAAUCGCUGAAGAAAGAUGUUACAAAGGGUACCCAGAAAGCUGUUAAACAAAAAAAUAAAAACCUUAAAGCAGUUCAUAAGAAUGGUAAACAGAAGAAGAUGAAGCGAAAAUGGCCUGGCACUGGGGACAAAGGAUCUAAUGCUUUACAGAAGAACAGUGGUUCACAGGAACAGGAUGGUAAACCUAGUGAGAAGAAGCAACAUGUAAGAAUGAGUCAGGAAUUCAUCAACCAACAUACAGUGGAACGCAAGGGAAAACAAAUUUGUAAAUAUUUCCUUGAAAGGAAAUGUAUUAAGGGAGAUCAAUGUAAAUUUGAUCAUGAUGCAGAGAUAGAGAAGAAAAAGGAAAUGUGUAAGUUUUAUGUACAAGGAUAUUGUACCAGAGGUGAAAACUGCCUGUAUUUGCAUAAUGAAUAUCCUUGCAAGUUUUACCAUACAGGAACAAAAUGUUAUCAAGGAGAUUAUUGUAAAUUUUCUCAUGCUCCACUGACUGCAGAAACACAAGAACUAUUGGCUAAAGUUUUGGAUACUGAAAAGAAGUCAUCAUGAAAAUAAAAUAUGUAAAAAAAGCUUUUGUAUGAAUGAAGAGUGCUUAUAUGUCUGUGCCUGUUCAAGACCAUUCAAGACUGGUGGAAUGGCUUGAGAUUCCUUAUUUAAAGCGCCCUCUUGUGUCACUGUGAUGGCAUGCACUUCUUAAUGGAUGGAGUGGAGAGAAGGGAUUUGUUGCAUCAGUGAAAGGGUUGGCCUUCACCCUGUUCUAGCCAUUAGAACAAGAGAAGAGCACAUAUGACAGAGUUGCUGGCUGAUGGGUAAAUGUUGUAUUAUAAUUGCAGAAGUCUCUUUCAAUUGAGUUUUCUUAAUAAGAACCAAGGUUGGAGUAAGGAUGGGAAGAUAGGUGUCUAGGGAUUUAAAGAUUAGAAAACUGUUAAAUGUUCCUCUAGGAAAACACUCACUAAAUAGUAGGUAGAUCUAAUGAAUAUGUCAUUAGAUCUUUUCACAUCAUUAAGUACUUCUACAACAUAUUUUUAAUAGUUGCUCACAAAUCUGUUUUAUGGCUUAAAAUAUGGCUCUAUGAUUUUUAAAAACAAAUUCCCUGUUUUGGACAUUAAAAUUUGUUUCUAAUUUUCUACCAUUAUAAAUAAAGUAGAACAGUAUCACUUGUAUACCUAAAGUUCUUAUCUUUCUUGUUGUCAAGAAAAAAGAAUGGUUAUCUUUGUCAUUGUUUCAUAAACUGUAGUUAGAUUACAUGCUUGGGUGAAGUGUAAAUUCUAGGCGUAUGAUGAAGUCUUUAACAUAGUAUUCAAGUACAGAAUUUUCCAGUUACAAGUAAUGAGAUUUUAAUUUGCAUUUUUAUGUAGCAGUACUUAUUAUUAGAAAUGCCAUGAAAUAAACUAUCAUAAUACUGUUUUACUACUGGGAAAAAUAAUACAGUAACAUCAUUAACUUGCUAUAUACAUGGCAUAAAGUAUACAAAAGUUGAUGCUUCUAGCAAAGUCCCAUUUGAAAUAUGAGUCAAAAUUACUGGAUCUAGACCAGAUCCUCAGCCCUUAGUAUUUUCUGUUUUUUCCUGAUGCAGAAAAUGAGAAGAAAGUUGGGAAGAAACUGGGUCCUUGGUAACAAAUCAGCCAUGGAAUUCACCAAUCUUAGAGCACAUACUUUUCAGAUUUUAUGUUACACUUGAAAUAAUGUACUUUCUUUACUGUGUAAGCCAUUUUGACUUGAGUUCUA